AUGGGUACCAGCAUUCUGGACACCAACUGCCGUGGUGAAUGGCCUCACAGUGUCUGCGCUUUUGCGAAUGUCUGUGGCUUGAUCAGCACCAUGAUUUGGUUUAUUGUUUUGGCUCCACAAAUAUGGAAGAACCGGAAGCGACAAUCCGUGGAAGGUCUCAGUAUUUUAUGGGCCACUGCUAACUUCACAGCUUCUAUAGUAAACUUGUUCUUCGCUUUUUCUAUCACAUUGCCUUUGUAUAUUAAAAUAUCAGCCGUGUACAUGCCUGUAUUAGAGUUUCUUAUUCUUGUUCAGUUUUGGAUUUACUCGAAGAAUCGUAUGCAUUUUAAGCAAUGUUAUGGGGCAGGUUGCUUUGUCAUUUGGAUUGCCAUCAUAACUUUGGAACUUUCCGUGGAUGGAGCGGAAGAAAAUGUUCAGUGGAUCGCAAUUGUGCUAUGGUCUAUUGAGACUUUUCCACAGGUAAAUGAUGAUUAAUAUAUCGUCAUUAUUUACUAUUAAUAUUAUUCGACUACUGUACAUGUAACCGGGCCCUCCCAGAUAAAGUUCACCAAUCAGAUUACACAGAAACAACAAUGCAUUCUAACAAAGUUGGUUGUCGUUCAUAACUACUACAAAUUGAAAUAAACAAGAUGGAUCAAAUUCAACUACUUACAACCUUCCAAUGUGACCCUUUGAAGACACUGAGGAAAGUAUAGCUGCCAACUCUCACGCAUUAUGCGUGAGUCUAACGCCUGUGGACUAAAGCCAUCUAUCUCCCGCAUCAAGGACAAUUUCUCAUGCCUGACUCACAAAUUGGGACAAGUUGAUUUUAACACAUGAUGACUUCAUGUCCUUGUUUGCAUUCUAACGAAAUCAAAGCUGGAUAAAGCUUUGGAAGUGCUCAAACGUCUUUGGAACAUCUGCGGACAUUUAAUUUUUUGGCAAUGUUCGAAAGUCUUCAGAAACUCAUUCUAAAUCUUUGGAAGUUGCCAGGACGUUUCAGGAAAUCUCGGUCAUGACAAGGUGACUCAAAAAAAGUUGGCAGGUAUAAGAAAGCUAUGUUUCCUGAGAGGUCUGUCAAAGUGAUUGACAGUGGCAAAGAACGUAAAUGUCAGUUAGAUUUUUUACUUGAGGUUGCAAAGUGUGGCAAUGUUAGCAACAAAGUUGCUGGUAGAUGACAAAAUAACAACUUGUCUCUUCUUUAUUUGUAAGUUUCAGACAGAAAAACAUUGUCUAAUGAAAAUUUUGCUUUCUUAGAAACAUUUGCUGAUGAAUAUUUAAUGUUUUUGCUUGAGUAACUCAUUGUUUUCUUACAAGCUGCUGAGUAGCCCACAACCAACUUACUUGGCAUGUAUUGUUAUUUUCUUGUAAUCUGAUUGGUCAAAUUUGUCUAGGUGGCCCCAGUUACAGUACUUGCACUGUAACAGGCUGGUUCAGAUCGACUUGAUGUGUAUUCACUUGUAUGGUGGCCCAAUGCAAUGCAAUGCUUUUCCUUGUCUGGAGAAGGCAGGUGUGUAAAGUACUCAUGUAUCGGUCAAAAGAAGCAGGCAUAAAGCAUUUAUAAAGCGCCAAUAAUGGGGUUUCCAGGGUGUGAUAAAUGCAAAUUUUGCUUCCUGAGGCCCAUUUCUUGAAAGUUGUGGUAACUUUUUGGACCCUAAAUCAAAUAUUCAAAUCAAAAUCUAAACAAUAAAAGAGCAGGUCCAAGGCAACAAAUCAGUCCAUUUUAUUUAGCAUGUUAUCUACAAAUCUACUGAAACCUUGACCUUGAAUGUAAAGAACAAAAGCUUUCCAGGCCCAGUAAUUCUCGGGACUACAUUGAGACGGAGGUCUGAAAAGUGCUUCACAUAAGAUUUGUGGAACCUAAUUUGAAACUUGAAAAAAUUUGUUGCUGCCACUGAAUAGAAGCACUGAAGACUCAUUUAUUCAGGGUUACUUUUGACCUAAAGUAAAAUAUUCACAAAUACCAGCGAGAUGGUCCCUGAAUUUGCGUUUAAAACGAUAGACACAGUUGUACACAGGUCUUCUUCUGACUGGGAUUUGUGAAUAUAUUUACCUUGGGUCGAGGCUAACCCUGCAUAAAUGAGUCUUAAGUGCUUCUAUUAAGUGGCUGCAAUGAUUUUGAAACUGGACUUUUCUGUCAUCUAAGUCUUUAUCAAAAUGUAUGGAGAUAAGUCAUAAGGCUGGGAUGGUGUAUAAAUCUUUGAAUUACCUUGCAACUGAUUACCUGUCAUCAAAAUUUAUUCUACACAGUGAUAUAUUAAUUUUAAUUCCUACAAACUUAGAGAUUCUGAAAAUAAGCUUGCUGUUCCCUUGCCAUGAACCAAUAAUACUAUAGAAAUAGCUUCUGCUACAGUGGGGGGCUGUUCUGUGGAACAAUUAUUAAAUAAUUUUGCUGUCUGAUGUAAGACAAGCAAAAUCUUUGACUAGCUUUCGGAAAAUGUUAACUUCUAGCUCGAGCAAGGCAUUCAUGGAAAACAGGCCUUAAUAUAAUAAAUUAAUUAAUUUUAUUUCAACAUUCAUUAUUGUAAGUUCUAUAUUACUAUUAAUUCAAUAGUUUGUAAUAUUUUGGGAUUUCAAAGUAUAUGUACUUAACCAUAUUUGUAUAUAUUUAGCCUGAUCUUUUACCGUGUAUAAAAAAUGAAAGUGAUGAUGAUGAUAAUGAUGAAUUUGAACGUGGGCUUACCCCAGUUUCUAUAAGUUUUUUUUCUUACUUGGCAGUCUAGUCCACACCCCCUCGUUACGGAAGAAGAGACAAUUAUCCUGGGAGUCGUUACUUCUAUCCCAGAGUCAUUUUCUUGUUUUCCACCAGUCAUAUUGUCAAUCAGCAAAUGAACUGUCUGCAGGUGAUACUAAAAUAAUUUACAAUACUUUCACUACUUUUACUUUCUUGUGAUUCCUUUUAAGCUUCAUUUGCUGACAUAAAAGAGAGCUUCAGAUCAUUCCUGUCUCAUCUUACAACUGUAUUUUUGUUAAUUACUCAGGUCAUUUUGAACAUGCGUCUCCGUACAACAAGUGGACAGGCCACGCUCUCUGUUGUCCUGGGACUUAUGGGUAAAACAACAGAUAUUUUGUCCAACUAUCUUCUGCUGUUACCAUCGCAAUAUGUGGUCAUGACAUACUUCUCAAGUACACUGGCUUAUAUCAAUGGAAUUCAGGCAAGUUAA